AUGGAAGGUGGUAAAAAGAGGGCUCCGGCUAACAAACGAAUGAAGAAUGGGACCCAUCCAACCAGAUGCGCCGACGUAGUGGCUGGAAGUACUUCGAGAGACAAUGUUGACUACCACCCACAACGAACAAAUCGACAAGUACAGCUCGACAGAGGAUCCGCAGCUACCCAGAAUGAUUCGACCGGAUGCCACUACGUCCGAGCUGUCGAUCAACGUAUCUCCCGGUACGAUCUGCUCAAACCAGCCGGAACGGCACGCGUACGUGCCAAGUGCGGACCAAAACCAGCAGGGAUUGACCAACAGAAAGAGGCAUGA